CAUAGUACACUAUUAUUAUGUUCUCAUUCAUGUUGUUAACUAUUGAGCCUCGAACAGAUCAUCGAAACCCUCUCGCCAUUUUCCCAAUCAAACCAAUCCCACGUUGAAUACUCCGAAUCCCCUUAUUGUUUUGUUCUUUCUCACCCACCAAACACACCCACUCUACCCAGAGAAACAAAAUGAAACAAACAAAAUCGUCAUUUUCUGGUUGAUUUUGGUCGUGAUUGUGCUGUUUUAUCGUCCAAAACCAAGGAAAAAUCUCAUGAUUUGCUGUUUAUUUGUUACAUGCACCAUGCGAAGUACGUGAAUAAAUACAUAUAUGUAAACAUAUACAAAGUCACAAGCGAGUGUGUGUAGAGUAAUGUGUAGGUGAGUUCGUAUAGUUCUGGUUGUGGUGGUGGUGAAAAAUGAUGAUGAUGGCGAAUAGCCAAGUGUUGAAGGUGAGCAGGGAGAAGCUUGUAGCAUGCAUGACAUGUCCUCUCUGUAAAAAGCUCUUUAGAGAUGCCACCACCAUAUCUGAAUGUCUACACACCUUUUGCAAGAAGUGCAUAUGUGAGAAGAUAACGGAAGAGGGACUGAACAGCUGUCCAGUUUGCGACAUUGAGCUGGGUGGUGCCCCUCUGGAGAAACUCAGGGGAGACAACAAUUUGCAAGAUCUGAGGCUCAAACUCUUCCCUUCCAGAAGAAGUAACUCUGCAGCACCUGAAGCUGUGUGCUCAAUCCAAUUGCCAGCAAGAAGAAAAGAGAGAUCUCUGUCUUCAUUGGUGGUCAGCACACCUAAAGUACCAGCCAAGUCUAGCCAGAACAGAAGAAGAUCAAAGCCAGGUCCAAAAAAGCAUCCUGCUGUACAGGAACCUGUCCAGGACGUUGAAGAUCACCAGGAGAGUAUAAGCUCACCAGAGACUCUUAGCAAAAUUGCACAAUAUAGAAUGCAGAUAUCUUCUGCUGCUGAAACAUCUAACCAACGUACAGAUGAUAAAGAUACAGAGGAGAAUACCAAUACUCUGGAUGGGAAAGCUGAUUUAUGGAAACCCUUAAAUUUUUUGGUUGAAGCUGCAAGCAAAACAAAGUCUAGCAAGUCUAAUUCACGAGCGAGUGUUGUCAAAACAGCAUUCACCAAUGCCAAUGACAAUGAACGACUCCUUAAGGCCAAAGUAAAGGAAUGUGGUAAUGCAUCAAAAGGCCAUGGUAAUGAAAAAGACGCAAUUCCUGGGCCAUCAUCCUCAGGGAAACCUAGAAAAACUCAAGGCCGACCUAGAAAAGCAGCUGCCUCUCAGGUGUUUAAUGUUUCAGCACAAUCAGUGGUGGACACAAAUAGUAAAUAUGAUGGAAGAUUUGGUCCAAUUUGGUUCUCUUUGGUUGCUUCUGAUGACCAGGAAGGAGAUGCACCCCUCCCACAGAUAACUUCAUGCUACUUGAGGGUUAAGGAUGGUAGUUUGCCUGUUUCUUUCAUCAAAAAGUAUCUCGUGAAAAAACUCAAUCUAGCUAAUGAAGCCGAGGUGGAGAUCUCAUUGCGGGGUCAGCCAGUGCUUUCUACACUGCAGCUGAACAACUUAGUGAACUGGUGGGUGCAGACAGCCUCAACAUCAGAAAGAAUACAGACAUCGGUAGGCAGCUCAGCCAAAGAUUUUGUGAUGGUUCUGUCUUAUGGCCGGAAAGCUCAACCCCCAUAAACAUGUUACAAAAAUGUUUACAGCAGUAAUAGGGGUUUGGAGGUCUGAGGAGCAACAUUUUUCCAAGCAUGCCUUUUCAUUUUGAAGCAUAUAUGAUUUGACCUCAGUUUUUACCAUCUCGGAUUUCCUUGUUAUGUUCAACUUGCUUGUAACGUAGCAAAAUAUUUAAGGGGAAAGGUGCUAGAUUAUGAUAAAUACAUACCGAACU